CUCAGUUUUAAUCAAACUGGCUGAGGUGCUCUUGCCCGAAUGAAUUGCAAGCAUUCCCUGCAUCUUGCUGCUGGAAGGAAUCUUGCUGGAGGGGAAUCAUUAAGAGCCCUGCUAACCAACAGAGUACAGUUGUUAGGAGAUGCUGUGAUUAACAUGCUGUGAACCUUCCACAGUCCCAGCUGCAAUAUGUCUACUACAAAAGCAGGUGAUGCAGAUGAGGUUUUUGAUUUUAAUGAGGUGAUACCAGAGACGGAAAGACUUGAUAGUAGCUUGCAGAAAGCUCGAGCACAACUCUCUGUUAAGGCAAGACGACAGCGACCUUCUAGGUCUCGACUAAGAGACAGCAUAAGCUCCACAGAAGGCGAUGACAGCCUGGAAAGAAGGGUAUCAGAUAGCUAUGGAAGCCCACUGCACAAUAUGAGAUCUCCAUUACAUUCCUCUCUCCGGGGCUCCUCUCCGUCCUCAGAAUCCGUCAUCUCUUCAGCAUCACCUUCCCAGCGGGCUGCCUCCUUCUCGUUUGACGUCAACAUUGUGAGGAGGACAUUUGAAGAGGAAGAGCAGGCAUCGAUGGCGAUGGCACGUUACCAGACUCUGACUAAUGCUUCCUCCCAGGAAGCCCUGGGCCUAACACCUACAAGUUCCCCUUCCAAAUCCUGCCACAGCUCUGACACCUCUCCAGUUCACAUGAGGAGGGAGAGGAAAACAGAAAAGCACAGUGAAGUUUCAGAAGGAAGCAAGGAAACAAGUCCAGCAGAACCAGCAAGUCCCAUAGUUGGGCUGGAUAGAAAGGCAAGAAGGAAGUUUUUGGAUCUUGGGGUACAGCUGCGAAGAUCCUCAUCCACCAAAGGAAGAAAAGCAGAGAAGGCAGCAAACAGACUGUCUACUGGCAGCAGGGAGUCUGUUGAUAGCCCAAUCAGUAUUCUGGCUUCUGCCAAGGCUGCAGUGCCACAGUUUGUGCCUUUCUCAUGGUUCACUGACAGCAGCAAAGGGUCAACCACCUCCAGUAGCACAAUGUCACCAACCUGCUCUCCAAGAAUGUCCUCCCAUGGACUUUCUCCGAAAAAGUCUGCUUCCCAGGAGUCGACACUGAGUGAAGACACCAGUCCUCGAAGUGGAAGCCCCAGAAUUCUAGUUAGCUCAGCCGCUGUUUCACGAGCAUCAACCACCCAUCUGCCUCUGUCCUCUGAAGAAUUCCUUGAUGAAGGACAGCCAUACUGCCUUGUUUCAACUUGGACCACAAAGCAAGUCUGCCAUUGGCUAAUUGGGUUGAACAUGGAACACUAUGUAUCAGAAUUCACUGCUGGUAACAUUGAUGGUGAACAGUUGUUGCACUUGGAUGGAAGUAAACUGAAGGCUUUGGGGGUUAUCAAUUCACAGGAUCGUGCUACUAUCAAAAAGAAAAUUAAAGAUAUGAACACAGCUGUUGAAAAAGAAAGAAAAGCCCUUGAAAAGCUAGAAAAACAGAAGGAAAAACAGAAGAAAAAGGAACAGGAACAAUUGCAGAAAAAAUCUUAAGGAAGGUGGAAAUACGAUUGAAUGCACAUUGAAACAUUUGUCUUCUGUUCUUCAGAGAUUAAAAUGUAAGCAGCAAGAAGAAAUCCAAGGAAUGGCAGGAUUUAACUGGACAUUGCAUGACAGGUUUGUUGGUGGAGGACUUGUGAAGUUCUUCAGCUUCACACAUGGACAGUUCAGGUCUGUAAUGGCAACAUCUAGUCUUACAAACAAGUAAUAUUUCAUGAUGCAGGUAGAUGUUUCUUUAGGUCUCAGUGGCUUACUGUGAAAACUGUUCUGCUUUUACUAAUCAACAAAUUCAUCCUGAAUCAGACGUAGUGGAAGAAUAUAACAUCAGGAUAAUCCAUUAAAAAAUUGGAAAGUAACCUUUUAAGAAUAAAAUCUUCCUAAUUAUUUUUACAUCAUUAGUAAGAGUAAUACUGAAUACUUCUGUGGGCUUGCAAAGUGAAAGAAUGUGUAAAUAUCUUUUAAAAAUGUUUUGUUUAAUCUUAGAAUUGUUGAAAAUUAUAAGACCAAAAGACAAAGGGGCAGAAUUAGGGCACUCUGCUAUCUUCUAAUGGUUAAGUCAGAAGAAUAAGGGUGAAUUUUGGAUUGAUCAUGCCUGCAUUUGAAAUAUUACAGGUGCUUUUGCACAGUUUUCUCAAACCUAUUUUUUCCUCACAGUCCAGGUUAUGAAGAGUUCAGGGUCCUGAAGUGAGUUUACAAGCAAUUGUGCUGUGAUGGCAGAAGAACAUUGCAUAAAUAUAAGGAUGGAAUGCUAUAAAUGUGGAAUGUGAAUUGGGAUUGAAGUAAAGAGUCUAGAUAAUGGGAUGCACUUGAUAACUUGCCAUGUGUGAGUAAUGUGUCUUUGUAAUAAAACGUCAGAGUGCAUGAGAGAUUAAAAUGGCAACAAUACCAGGGAAGACCCUAUUAUCUUCUCAGACUGAGCAUUGUAGUUGCACACUAUAUUCAGAAUUUGUAAAUGAGCUUGUUGAUUGAAGAUUGAAAUUUAUCCAAAGAUCUAAGUAGUGAUGAACAUUGUUCACACUGAUGUAAAAAAUAAGCACCAGUUAUGUGACCUUAAAAAGAAGCAUUUUCUUGCCUACAUUUUAAAAAGUAAAAACCCAUUGCAGGUGGAAGAAGUAUUGCUGGGGUGGAUAUGUUUUGCAUGUUGCAAAUGUAGUCACUAACACUAACAUUUGGUUGGUCUUUCCAAGUAUCACAGUUCUGAUUUAAAGUAAAUUAUGGAACAUUCUGAAAUAUUAACUUGCAAAAAGCAAUUGCAGAAUAUUUUAGAGUGGCUUCAAUUUUUUUUAAGAGAUUUAGAAGAAAGAUGAAAUGGUUUAUUUUUAAUGAAGACUCUCUGCUAUUGUAAAUUAUACACAUGCAAGUCAAUGAGUUCUGUCUACUUUGUUUGCUGCUCAAUAUGGCCACUAUCACCCACCCUUUCUAUGCAUGUUUUGAAAUAUAUCAUCACAGCUUACAGUUUCUGCACAGAACUACAUUAACACAGAUUUUAUAUACAAGGUUUCCUAAUUCUUUGAAAUUAUGUUAACACUACUGCAAAAAUGCACAAAUGAUUCAAAAUAAUAUAAUGGCUCCCUCCCCUCAACAGACAAGAAAGUGCAAUCACAUUAGCCUCCUUCAUACCAAUGUUACCAGCUAGUUUGCCAAAAAGCAAAGAAUAGAUGAAAGCACUUAUGAAGGGAUUUGGUUGGAAUGAGUUGACUAAGGUCUUCACCUCUUUACACAGGUAAAAAAUAAUUUUAACUCUUAGAUUCGUUGCCAAAUCUAAUCAUCUUAGAACAGAAAUACUUGGUUUAUUAAAAACACUUCAGAGAACUUGGUUAAUAACAUACAGAAGGAAUUAUCAUAUGACGGAAUUUAAAUUGAUACAAAAGUGAUUUUAACAUCACAUUGUCUGACACAGUUCAAAGUAAAUUUAUUAUCGAAGUACAUAUAUGUUACCAUAUCCUACCUUGCCAUUCAUUUUCUUGCAGGCAUUUACAGGAAAAGAAAUACAAUAGAGUUUUACAAAAAACACUACAGUAUGCAUAAGUAAAGACUGACAAACAAUGUGAAAAAGAUGACAAACUGUGCAAAUAAAAAUAAUAUUACGAACGCCCAUUGUAAAGCGACCCUCGGAUUAGGAUACUUGGGAAAGUCAGUUAAGAGUAUAAUUUCUCAUAUAUAAAUUUUGAAGGACAUGUAAAUUAUUGUGACCUCUGUGGCUCGUGAAAGUAUUUAUCAGAUGGCUCAGACAUGCAAAAGUAAACGGAGUGACUGAGUUAGAGGAUGUUGGCCUCGAAAGUGAUGGCAUAAUUGGGGCCAUACUGAACCAAAUAUAUGUAAGGUACUUUUUCAAUGAGAUAGUUGAAGGCACCUUUUGUUCACAGAUGGACAAAAUGCUGAGUAACGCAAGGACUUGACACUCAAAAUGGUUCACUGCACUUUUUUUUGGCUUAUUAUAUUGUUACAUUAUUUUAUAUCAUUGUUUAGAACUACCAGAAAUAGAGUUACUGCUAUUAUAACCCAGACCAUGGCAGUUACUAAUUCUAAUGUUUAAUUUAAUAGGAAUGAUUUAUAAAUCUUCAAAAACUUGGUUUCAAAGUGUUACCGCACUUGUUAAAUAAGAUGUGGUUAUGUAUGGCAAAGUGAUGUCCUUCUGUGUUUUAUUCCUGAUGCACACAUACUGUAUAAAUAGUUCUCAGGUCUUUACACAGAAACAAAAUCGCUUGCUUCAGCCUAGCUCGACAGCUUGUUCAUAAUUAUUAGUGCUGAGCUGAGAUAGAAAGCAAUGGUAAGGCAUUGACUCAGAUUAUUAUGUAAAAAUAUGAAUGACAGAAACAUCAUUCCUGAAAAGAUUCAUGAACAUAGGCAUCCAUGAUCUUAUUUGCCUGUGAUAAUUGGAAUCAGCAUACUGUCAUGUAGCUAUGCCAUUAUUGAGUUUAACAAUUUGGGUCUGUUUUAACUGGUGUCCAUUUUAUGCUCUUGUGAGCAGAAUCUAUGAGUAAUAACAAAUAUGUUCUAACUCAAAGAAUGUGUGUUUUGUCCAAUGUGUCAUUUUAACUGCCAAAUAUUAACUUAGUUUAUGACUAUUAUACAAACUGAAAAACACGGCUAUUAAAUUUACAUAAAGCUGUUCCCAGUACAUUUCUGGACUCCAAAUUAAGAAAUUUAGAUAUGAACAUACUUUGUGAAUUACUUCAUUGCCUUUGUCCCUGCACCCCAAAAAGAAUGUUUCUUUGUGAGAUUUAGACAGUGGAAUGGGAAGGGUUGAAAGUAAACUCUUUUCUGAGUUGGAGUCAAAGCAUUGUUCAGGCAGCAGAUUUAUUUCUUUUAUCAUCAAUUUCUCAUCAGAUUUCAAGUUCAAAAAAGGCUCAUGAAGGUCCUAGGCAGGGUGCAGGAAUGUUUUCUGGUAUGAUGGGUUUCAGCCAUAAGGUUAAUCUGUAGAAGCUGGCGUUGGUUUCACUGGAGUGAAGAAGGUUUGAAGAUUUGUCAGUAGUAUACAAGAGCAAGACUGUGGUAGCAUAGAGAUUAGGGCAACAGUUACAGCAUCAGCCAUCACAGAUCAGAUUUUGAUUUCCGCCACUGUCUGUAAGCAGUUAGUACAAUCUCUCCAUGACCGCG